GGCACGCAGCGCAGCAAAAGCAAUGGGCUGCCUCGGAUUCUCCAGAGGCAGCGCCAAGAACAGGAAGAACAAGAAGAUCAAGCGAGGCGACGAAGAUGCGAGCGUGUGGCCAAUGCCAGCGGCGGCUCCACCACCAGAUCGAUCCCCGAAUCAUGCCCGUCGCAGCAGCAGCGUCCGGCGGCCGCACCCAUUGCCAGCGCCGACGGAUUUCUCCGCCCGUGGCCGCUCGCCUCCCCAGCCAUUGCCGCCGGUGCCAUCGAUCUCCAGCUCUUGGAGCGCGCGCGACAGCCGGCUCCGCCGAUUCGAGUUCGAGCGCUUGGCUCGGCUGUGCAAUCACUUCGCGCCUCGAUCCCAGCUGCGGGAAUCCGUGCACCGGUGCUUCCUCGAGCAGGAAGAGAUAGCGGUGGACGUUCUUGUUCUCCAUUCCUGCGCGACGAGCGAGGAGGAAUGGAUCGAGCAGCUGCAUCGCGUGACCCAGCUGGAGCAUCGCAAUGUGUGCCGGAUCAUCGGCUUCUCGCUGGCCAAUUCGCGGCGGCUGGUGGUGUUUGAGGCGUCCGAGACGAGCGCGGGCUUGGACGAGCUGCUGCUGCUACCAUCAGCAUCGGAUCACAAUCGAGGAGGGCGCGUCCAGAGGAUGGAUUUCAAUUGGGACGCCAGGCUCAAGAUCGCCCUGGCAGCUGCGCAGGGCCUGGCGUUUCUCCAUCAAUCCUCCCCCUUCCAGGCGUCGCGAUUCGGCCCCUCAAAUGUCCUGGUGGACAAGAUCGGCAAGAACAAGCACGAGGUCAAGCUCCAGCUCCUACUCAGCGAGGAGAGCUGUGACGCCUCCAAGGCCGGCAACGUGACCGCCUACGGGAUCUUGCUCCUGGAGCUUGUGAGCGGCAAGACCAACAUGGCGAGGCUCAUCCUGGGCGGCGGGCGUGGCGGAUCCCAGCAGGGCCUGUUCGUCAAGUGGGCGAGGGGCGUGGUGAACGACAGCAGCAAGCUGGGCAGCAUCCUGGAUCCCAGGCUGCUGCAUUGCAAUCCACUGUCGGCGGCCAGAGAUCUCGCCAACUUCGCGCUCAGCUGCCUCCACGACGAUCCCCGCCUCCGGCCCCGGAUGCCGCAGGCCGUGUCGCUCCUCCAGUCGCUCAUCGCCAUGCGGGAUAUGCAGCAGUCGAGCAAGAUGACCGCGCGGACGGCCUCGUCCACUUCUUCGUCCGGCUCACCUUCCUCGGCUGCAAAUCCCGUGCACCAGCACCAGCAGUUCUUGGGGCGGAGCGCCACUUUCAGCCACCACCAAGCUGCCCGGAGGAGAGAUAUGACGCCGCCGCCGCCGCGGAUGAGCACAGACCUGGAUCAGCACGACUGGCGCGCGCACGUCCCUCGAUCCGCUGGCGCCUCGCCAGCACGGUACACCACUGCAUCCUACUACUGAUCGAAUCGCGAUUCGACACGAAAUGUACAAAGCUAGGAAAUAGAAUGGAUGUAAGCACCAUUUGCCAAGAACGGGCAAAUUCUUCCUUCUGCGAAGGAAGAACAUAUACCCAUGUUGGGUACCACACAAAUCACGAGAGAGAGAGAGAGAGAGAGUCCAAAGCUUGCUUGCUCCCUUAUUACUACUACAAACUCUCGAUCUGAUGGCUCUUGGUCUCCUACGUAGAAAGAAACCAAAAAGAAAAAAGGG